AGAAAAAAGAAAUCUUCACCAAAUAAUCAAACUCUGAUAUUUUUUACAUUUUUGCUUUGGUAUGUCUCAUAAUUUGCAUCGAAGACGAUGUGGAGGAUAUUUGCUUGCGGAGGUCGAAGAAACUACGAAUCGAAGACGAUGUGGAGAAUAUUUACUUGUGGAGGUCGAAGAAACUGGCCUUGUCUAUAUUCUGAAUCUCAACAGCGAUGGCUUAGCUUCUUGGACUGGCAACGCCAUCGUCUCUGUGUGGCUUUCCUCGUCGUCUCUCAGCAAGGUUGAGAGUAGUCAUCGGCUUCCCUUCUUCUUCACUCGCUCUCAGUGUAGAACAUUCGAACGAGCGAUUUGGUCCCCUAUCGUCCAGCACAAUGUCUCCGCUCCAUAGGGCGAGUUGAUGUAAAUUUGAAACACUGAAGUCUACUAAAUUCGGCCUCUGUUCUUCCUAGCUCUCAUUUCUGUUGGAAGACUUGACCACUCGCCACUACCAUCUGUCUGUCAUGGCUGCUCCAAUUGAUCCAAAAACUUUUUUAUCAACAACCAGUCCGUCUAGAGGUAUACAAAGAUCCCUUACAGCUACUGGCAACUAUGUAGCAACUGUUCGCAAAGCCACCGCGGUUACCCACUCAUGUGUGGGGUGUUUCACCGGUCCUAAUGACUUAAAUCUGAUUAUAUGCAAAGGCUCUCAUGUAGAAAUCCAUCUCAUGAUCGAAAAUGAAUUACAGCAUAUAAUGGAUUUCCCUGUAGUUGGGAAAGUGGUUUUCUUGGAGUUAUCCCGUCUGCCUUCUGCAACUGAGGAUUUUCUUUACAUUGCCACAGAAUUACACAAAUUAUGUGUGGUUCGAUGGGAUUCUGAGUCUCCAAACCUGAUUACGAUAAACGCGAUGCAAUUCCAACCAACAAAAUUAGAGACAGGGGAGGUGCUGUAUUGUCAGGGGGGAACCAUAUGUCCUCGUUCUAGCACAGUUGUUCUGUAUUCCAGUCAAAGGUGGUUGAGGGUCAUGACAGAUGUUACUUCAUAUAAAAAAUCGUCAUUUUUGUGGAGAGGUCCUAAGAUGAUGAUUUUGGACGUGAAGUUUUUGUACGGACAUAGUAGCCCUACGAUGGCAAUACUUUUCCAGGGAGAUAAUGGUAGUUUCGGUGUUAAAGUGUAUGAGGUUAUAGAUAACAACUUCAACUUGAAGGGAUGGCAACUACCUGAUAAUGUAGUAGAACCUACACUUUUGAUACCUGUGCAUCAAGAUCCAUAUGGAUUUCUUAUCAUUGGAAAAGAACUUUUUGUCUACUGUAAGGAACAAGCAACAAAAACAAAACGCAUGGGAUUUUUCAACAUAAAAGCCUAUGGAAGAUUUCAUACAGAUACCAGAAAGCAUAGUUAUCUUCUCGGGGACCAUAGUGGGCAUCUUCUCAUGAUAGAGCUUCCACAGCUCACGCAUAGGAUCUUGGGCAGAAUAUCAAUACCCUCAUCAAUAUCAUAUCUUCGCGAUACAAUUGUUUUUGUCGGCUCAUGUUCUACUGAUUCACAGCUCAUAAAGAUCAAUCAUCUAGCAGAUCUCCAAGUAUUGAAUACAUAUGCCAAUUUGGGUCCAAUAAGUGAUUUUUGUGUAAUCAAUAAGAGUGGAGGUCAACGGAAAUUACUUAUGUGCUGUGGAAGCAAUGAAGAAAGUGCUAUCGAGUUGUUUUACACUGGCACGGGAAUCAAACCUAAGAACUUUACUGAACUCCCAAACGUCAGAAAUGUCUGGCCACUGAAAUCUUCCAUCUUAGAUGAUAAUCACACGUAUCUUGUACUUCAGACAUUGCAAGAAGUUAUUUUCGUGUACACCAUUGUCAACGAUGGCUUUGUUGCUCACAAUUUUAGUGGUUUCAUAUCUGGUUUAGCCACUUUAUGCUGCCAAAAUGCCAUUUAUAAACAAUUCAUACAAGUUACUCCAAAAUCAGUGAGAUUGAUUUGUUCUAAGACUGGACUUCUGAAGCAUAUAUGGACUGGUAAAUCAGAUAUAGAUUGUGCAUCUGCAACUGUUAGUCAGAUUCUCGUAGCAACUGGAAACUAUUUGAAUUACUUUGAAAUUAGAGAUGGAGAUUUGCUGUUAGUAAAAGAAAUUGAUCUCGGAUAUACUGCUGCAUGCCUCGAUAUAAGCUAUCUUGGCGAGAAUCGACAUUCCAGCAAGUUAGCUGCGGUAGCAACUUGGUCAGAAAACAAAGCACGGAUUUUUUCGCUUCCAAAUUUGACUCUUCUCGCGGAAGAGCAAUUAAGCUGUCUACCCCGGUGCAUCAUUCUCUGUGCAUUUGGAAUGGAACCAUACUUGCUGUGUGGUUUAGGUGACGGAAGUCUAUUCAGUUUCAAGUGGAAGGAAGAGAGCUUCCAGUUAGAAGAUAAAACCUCUGUUUCAUUAGGGCGUUCAUGUCUUACAUUGCGCAAAUUUUCAUCAGAUGGUGAAGAUUAUGUGUUUUUCUCGACACCUACCAUGCCAAGUAUAAUUUUCUACAAGAACGAUAAGCUGCAGCACGAGACCUUGAACCUAAUGAAUAUUUUCGACGCAUGUCCGUUUCAAUGUGAUUACGUGAAAGAUGGUGUCGUAGCUACUGGGAACGAUGGAUUUGUAUUUUGCACAUUAGGAGAUAUUGCGGAAUCUGGCAAGACUGUGAUUGCAUCAUGUGUUAGACGGAUAUGUCACCAAGAAGAAACACAAUCCUAUGCCAUCAUUGUUGAAGAGAAGGAACAGACGAAAAGACAUCGCAUCCUUUUACUCGAUGAUCAACUCAACACAUCAGCCUCAUAUAAGUUGGAUGAACAUGAAAUUGGAUUGUCAAUCAUUAGUUCUCGGUUUGCAAAUGACAAUCGUUUUUAUUACUGCGUUGGAACAUCAUUCAGUGUGCCAGGGGAGGAUGCUCCAAUCAAGGGGAGGAUUUUAGUUUUACUUGUUAUAAAUGGGAAACUGGUUCGUGUCACUGAAUUUCCAACUGAUGGCGCUGUGCACUAUCUCAAAAACUUGCACGGGGGACUUUUGGUCAAUAUUUCUCAUACUACACCUCGUUUCUUUGAGUGGAUGCAAACUGUUCGUGAGCUGAAUGAAAAUCCCGAUGUUGUUGAACCAGAAGGUGUGGAAGAGAGAUUUUCUUCUAUGUGCUCAUUGUCACAAAAGGUUAAGUACAAGUUAGAAGACAUUGUUAUUGCACCAGAGAAUCGGAAUAACCACACUGCUAUUCUAAUGAUGGAAAAUGAGGUUCUUUUUUCUAGCAAUGCUAAGUACAUCAUCAUGUCUUAUAACGGACUAGACAACAUGGUUGGGCAAUGGUACUCAGGGGAAUUUAUAACCCAAAUAAAGUCGGGAACACUUUCCAGACUAGCCGACGAAGAUUACGCUCAGGUUCCAUCAGUUUUAUUUUCUACAACUACCAGCGCAAUGAGAGUCAUAGUGUCCUUGCCAGAUGGAGUCUAUUCGUAUCUGCAGAAUCUCGAGAAGAAGAUGAGGGCGGCAAGAAAGAAAUGGGACCAUUUUGUAGAGCUUAGUGGGCACAGAUGUAUUGAAUUAGAAAAUGCUCGGGACAGAAAGUUCAUUGAUGGCGACUUUCUGGAGUCUUACAUGACUUUGUCUGAGGAACUGCAGUGGGAAAUUGCUAAUGACAUGGGCAUUGAUGUUCCAACGCUGAUUAAAAUACUUGACUAUCUUGCCCUAUUUCAUUAACAGUUCUGCAGGCAGGGCUCAGAGACUCCAAGUUUUGAGUUUGAUGGAAUGGUAAGCAUAAUGUCUCCUACGACCUAAGAACACUGUUGCAAUUUUGUGUGUUUCAUUCCUGCUUUUGGAAUACUCCAAAAGCAAGUUGGUUUUGUUCUUUCUUGUUUGGUUGCCUAUGCAUUGACUUUUUAGUUGGAUGUCUUAGGUUGGCGAAUUCUUCUACAAACAGAAGAGAGGACAUGGUAUUGUGCAUACUCAUUAUGUUACAGACUGUGUUAUGAUGAGAGAUUUGCAUACGCUAAGUAGUUAAUGGUUCUUGUCAAGUAAUGAAUGCAAGCUUAUGGAUUUGAUGUUUUGUGCUUGUGUGGCUGCCUCGUUUCUGUGGAAGUCGUAUUUAGACUCGGAUAAACUUGUGUUUCUUGUGUUGUGUUACUCUAGUAUCUCUUUGACGUUAUCUAUUUAGCGAACUUUAAUGCAACUGGUUCUUUGGCAAAAA